CCUCCCUGGGAGCGGUUGGGUCGGGCAAAGACUAGGAGGAGCGGGCGGUCGAGGGCCCGGCUGGAGCUGCUGGGCACCAAAGAAGGGACGGGAGCCUCCGCGGCGCCCUCAGACGUGAGUACGCCAAGGGCCUGGGCCAGGGUGCGCCCAAGAGUUUCCGCUUUGGGAGCGUGCUUGGCCACUCACUGUUCCAGUUCUCCAAGCUUUCGUGGUGCACGCCAGGAGCAUUAGCCUGACCUAACAGGUUAAUCAUGUCUCUUUCCAGCAUUGUGAGACACUGCUAUUUUAGACACCACUUGACCUUCCCUGAGUUGCAAACCAGAUGCCAAAGAAGAAUUUCAAGUGUAUGGAGCACAUCUGCUACCCAGUCCGAAAGUAUGAAAAAAAUAACAACACCAAAGAGAGACAUACUUAUGCCAUCCGUCCAAUGGUUCAUCAGUUACUUGGUCGGGAGACAUCUACAUGCUACCCAGCUUCACCUCCAGGAAGUGAUGCUCACUAGUGAGCGAUAUGAUGUACAGAGGCUGCCUUUUGCCACUGUUUCUGAUGCUGACUUGUCUUUCUUUGAACAUCUUAUGCCUGAUAGAGUUGUCACUGCUUCAGAUGAACUGAAGUCCUUCAAUGUGGACUGGCUGAAGUCAAUGAGAGGCUGCAGUAAAGUGUUGCUGAAGCCACGGACAACAGGAGAAGUAUCCGAGAUCCUCAGGUACUGCAGUGAGAGGAACUUGGCUGUGAACCCUCAGGGGGGUAACACUGGCCUCGUUGGGGGUAGUGUCCCUGUCUUUGAUGAGAUCAUUCUCUCCACAGCUCUAAUGAACCAGGUCAUCAGCUUCGACAGUAUUUCUGGCAUCUUGGUUUGUCAGGCUGGCUGCAUUUUAGAAAACCUCAACCAGUAUCUGGAGGAGCUGGAUUUCAUCAUGCCUCUUGACCUCGGAGCCAAGGGGAGUUGCCAUAUUGGAGGAAAUGUUGCCACAAAUGCUGGUGGUUUGCGGCUCCUGAGGUAUGGCUCCCUCCGAGGGACGGUCCUGGGACUAGAAGUGGUGCUGGCUGAUGGCACCAUUCUGAAUUGUCUGACUUCUCUGAGGAAAGACAAUACCGGUUAUGACUUGAAGCAGUUGUUCAUUGGAUCGGAGGGGACAUUGGGGAUCAUCACUGCCGUGUCUGUCCUCUGUCCACGGAAACCCAAGAGUGUGAAUCUAGCAUUUUUUGGUUGUUCAGGCUUUUCUCAAGUUCUGAAGACCUUCACCACCUGCAAGGGCAUGCUAGGAGAGAUCCUAUCUGCCUAUGAGUUCAUGGACAAUGAAUGCAUGCAAUUGGUGGAGAGACACCUCAAUCUGACCAACCCAGUGGCAGAAAGCCCUUUCUACGUGCUAAUUGAGACUUCGGGCUCCAAUUCUGCUCAUGAUGAGGAAAAACUGAGCCACUUUCUGGAACAUGUCAUGGCCUCUAAUUUAGUCAUAGAGGGAACUCUAGCUUCUGAAGAUAAAAAGAUAAAGGCACUAUGGGCUUUACGGGAACGGAUCACAGAGGCUCUGACUUGUGAUGGUUGUGUUUACAAAUACGACAUUUGUCUCCCUGUGGAAAGAAUCUAUGAUCUUGUGACUGAGAUGCGGACACGUCUGGGCAAAGGUGCCAAGAAUGUGGUGGGCUAUGGCCAUCUAGGAGAUGGAAACCUGCACCUGAACAUCACAACAGAGUCCUACAGUCAGUCACUCCUGGAUGCUAUUGAACCAUAUGUGUAUGAGUGGACUUCCAAGUAUCGUGGAAGCAUCAGUGCAGAACAUGGCUUGGGCUUCAAGAAGAAGCAUUAUAUCCACUACAGUAAGCCUGAGAAGGCAGUCUUUCUCAUGCAACAAUUCAAGUCUAUGUUGGACCCCAAAGGGAUUCUCAACCCUUACAAGACUUUACCAGCAAAAGUCAUAUGAUUGUCUCUCGGCAGGUGGAAAAAAACCCUCUCUUUUGUUUGGAGACUUUUUUAGUACAAUGUCUUUAGGUAGCUGUAAACAAAUAGUGAAACUGUAGUUGGAAAUGAAGCCUUGGGGUUGCUUUUGUUUUUUCUAGAGUGCAAAAAUGGUAAAAGAGUUGAGUUCUAUUUCUA